AUGCGCGACGAUUUUGAUCUUCAGCUGGUGCGGCAGCAGCAGCAGCAACAGCACCAACAGUUGCAACAGGAAGACGUGGUCGUCGCUGACGACGACGAUCAGCGGAGGAGGAGCAGACGGCGGAUGCACCAACACCAGCAACACCACCACCAGAAUCACAACGACGACGACGGAGACGACGACGACGACGACGAAGACGAAGACGACGAAGACGACGGAGAAGACGCCACCGACGACGGUGACGGCGGCGGCGGCAGCGGUGUCGGUGUCGGCGGUGACGAUCUCGACGGUAACCGCGGUCAAGGGCGGAGUGGCCGUGGUCAGCGGAACGCCGACGCCAGUGGACCGGACUCCAAUCGGCUUUUGAACGAUACGGACGAAUCGGACGACGAAGCCGACGUGGUCGGCGGUGGCGUUGGUGCCAGUACGUGUGGCGACGCGACUGCCAACGUGACGGCCGACAGCACCGGCGACGGUGGCGUCGGCGGAGACGUGGACGUGAACGACGACGACGACGAGGACAUGAUGAUGAUGAUAGAUUCGGGUAGACAGCCGGUGGCCAUUGGUGGCGGUGAGUCUUCUUCGCCUCCGCCACCAACGUCAGCCACGCUCGGGUCGACCAAAGUCGACCCGGCAACGACGUCCUCCUCAUCAUCUUCGACUCCUCCACCGCCACCAGCGCCGACGUCCACUUCGACGGUGCCGAUGCCGUCCAUCACAACCAGCACCACGAGUACCACCGCCGAGGGCCAACAGGACGAUUACGAUAUGACGACAACGGCUUCUGGUGUUGGCUAUAGUGGCAUUGGCGACGGUUAUCCCUCUUCCGUGACGUCAGUGGGUCUCACCGACAUGAUAGGCGGCGUCGGCAAUCACCUCCAUCCACACCACCAUCACCACUUGCUUCUUUUACAUCACCAGCAGCAGCAACAGCAACAGCAACAGCAGCAGCAACUACAACAGCAACAGCAGCAACACCACCAGCACUCGCACCCGUCACAGCACCAGACCGGUGGAACAUCGGCCACCGGUUAUUAUGGAGCUGACGCGGUAGGCAGUCAACAUCACCAUCCGUCAGUGGCGGCGGCAGCGCUGUCACUACCACCACCACCGCUACUGCUUCACGAACAACAGCAGCAGCAAAUCAGUGGAGACUUGCAGUUGCAACUCCAGCUGCAUCACCAGCACCAGCACCAACAGCAACAACAUCAGCACCAGCAGCAUCCACAACUGAUGCAGCAGCAUCAACAUCAGCAGCACCAGCAGCAACAGCAGCAGCACGAAGACUUAUCCCGACAUCACCACCACCACCAUCAUCCUCUGCAGCUGCAGCAACAGCAUCUCGUCGAUCACCAGCAUCACCAUCACGAACUCACCAGCGCCGCGGUACACCACCAUCUGCAGCAGCAACAGCAUCAGCACCAGCACCAGCAGUUCACGGCCACGCAUCCACACCACCCGCAGUACCUACAGCAGCAACAACAGCGACAACAGUUCUCGCCGGCCACGGCUGCCGCCACCGCAGCUGCCGCCCUCGCUCACCCGCACUAUCACUCGCAGCAGCACCACCACCUGCAACACCAGCAACAUGGCGUCAGUGACGGUGCUGGUGCUGGUGACGACGACGACGAUGAUGUAGUAACCUCCGCUUCCGCAGCCGCAGCCGAUAACAGUGGAUAUCCGUCGUCGUCGUCAGCCAGGGAUGCUGCGGCCACGGCUGCCGCUUAUGCUGCGGCGGCGGCGCUGUACGGGGCUGGAGCCAGUGGCCAGGGACACCACGGCGUCCACCACCACGGUGGCCAUCACCAGCAGCCACAACAGCAGCACAUGUUACCGGUGGUGCCGACCGCGUCUCACCAGCAACACGGUAUGCAGCAACAGCACCACCAUCAGAUGAUGGUGAUCGGCGGCGGCGGCGGAGUUCCUUCGUUGACAGCUCCACCGGCAUCCGAUAGUCCUCCUACACCCGCCUUGAUGCAACUGAGAGCGGCGGCCACCGCAGCUGCUGCCGUGGUUGUAGAUCCUACAGCGGGGGCGGUGUUGUCUUCACCUUCCGCUGUCAAGUCCAGGCGGACGGCAUCAUCGGUGGCCAUAAACGACUCCGUCAGUGGUGGAACAACCAGCCGUUGCGGUGGUGGUCGGGGCCGGGGUCGGAGAGCGGCCUCGGCCACAGCGGCUGGUGGCCUUUCAGCUGCGGCCGCGGCGGCGCUACAGGAGCAACAACAGCAGCAGCAGCCGUUAAUAUUGCACCCACACCAUACGCACCCACAUCACCACCCACACAUGCAACAGCAGCAAUUCGGAACCGGUGGCCCUCCAGUUGGGUCGGCGUCUGCGACGGCGGCGGCAGUUGCUGUGGUGGCCACCGAACAGCAGAGCCCGCCGCUGGACAGGGUGUUCGUAUGGGACCUAGACGAGACCAUCAUCGUGUUCAACUCGUUGUUAACGGGUGGAUACGCGGUGGCUCAUGGCAAGGACCAGCGAGUCAUGCAGCAGCUUGGGUACCGUAUGGAGGAGAUGAUAUUCACGUUGGCCGACCAGAAUUUCUUUUUCAACGAAAUCGAGGAGUGUGGCGGCGGCGACCAGGCGCAGCACAUCGACGACGCCGCGUCCGACGACAACGGCCAGGACCUGUCUGGCUACGACUUUGGAGCCGACGGGUUUUCCGCGUCCACGGCCUCCACCCAACACCACCAGCACCACUUCAUCAACCAGCACCACUUCAACAGCACCGGCGCCAAUGCGGGCAACAAUCACCAGCAGCACCUGCAGUACCACCAGCAGCAGCAGCACCCGCAGCAGCAGCAGCACCACCACCAGCACCAGCAGUACCAGCAGCAGCCGUACCAACACCAGCAGCCGCAGCAACACCACCACCUGAUGAGUGCCGGCGGCGGGGGCGCGUCCGUCGCCAAUCCGUCGUCCGCGGGUGGUCUGAGGGGUGGUGGUGGUGGACUGAGGGGCGGUGCCGGUGGUGGAGGUUCCAGCGGCGGUGGUGGCGUAGACUGGAUGCGGAAGUUGGCUUUCCGGUACCGGCGGGUCAAAGAGUUGUACAACCAGUACCGGAACUCGGUCGGAGGACUGCUGGGACCCGGCAAACGAGACGCUUGGCUUCAACUCCGGAGCGACAUCGAAUUGCACACCGACGACUGGCUCACGAUGGCUGUCAAGUGUUUGAACGUCAUCAAUUCGAGGCCCAACUGCGUCAACGUGCUGGUCACCACAACUCACCUGAUACCAGCGCUGGCCAAGCUGCUUCUGUACGGUCUUGGGCCACACUUUGCAGUAGAAAACGUGUACUCGGCUUCCGGUGGCAGUGGAGGUCCGUCGACAGGCGGUGGCAAGUCCGGUGGUGGAGGCGGAACUGCGGGGUCCGCAGCAUCUGCUGGAUCGUCGAAGGAAUCGUGUUUCGACAGGGUGGUUCAAAGGUACGGCAGAAAGUGCACAUACGUGGUGAUCGGCGACGGGGCCGAAGAGGAACGGGCGGCCCGACAGAUGAACUUUCCGUUUUGGAGGGUGUCUGGCCACAGCGACCUCCGGGCCCUGUACAACGCUCUCGACAUGGGAUUCCUCUAA